AACUAAUCUCUCCAGCUCAACUGCAAAAAUUGAUCUGAUUUUGGAUGUGAGGCUGAACUUAUAGUUUUCUGAAUGUGUAAGAGAUGCACGCAAUAAAGAUCUAGUUUUCUGUAGGAAAUGUGAGUUGUACGUUCUGCGAGUUCUGUUGAAUUAAUUUAUGGACAACGGGAGGUCAUUGGGGUCGGCCGGUGAGUUGUUCCCCUUGAAAGUAAAAAAAAAAAAAAAGUAUGGCCGAUUGAAAACAAGGCUCGGGUCAAGAAUGACCGUUCCAAGCAACUAUUCCGUUGCAUCUUAAUCGCAGCCUGUUUCUGCCUACCACAUAAAAUGUUUUCGCUCAUCCAGAGACGAGAGUAUGGUCUACAAUCGCCAUCCACUGUUUUUGAUGCUGCUAAAGCAAGUAAAUUUAUGGUUCAGCGUCUGAAAAUUGCUCGUCGGCUGGAUGUCCAUCGUGGCUGUGUGAACACAAUUUGCUGGAAUGAAAGUGGUCACACCAUCUUGUCAGGCUCAGAUGACCAACACUUAGCGAUUGUAAACCCUUUCACUGGCAAGACACUUGCUCAUAUUCGGUCUGGACAUCACUCCAACAUUUUUAGUGCAAAAUUCCUGCCAAACUCUCAGGAUCGGGAGAUAGUCUCUUGCUCAGGAGCAGGCAGCAUCUUUUACACAGAUGUUGAACGUGAAGACACCUAUGGGAAAUGUUGCUUUGACUGUCACUUGGGAACUGCCUACGAGAUUGUUGUUGUACCAAAUGAGGCAGCCACAUUUUUGUCUUGUGGAGAGGAUGGCACAGUACGAUGGUUUGAUAUGCGCAUAAAGACCAGCUGCACCAAAGCCAGAUGCAAAGAUGAUGUACUGAUCAACUGUCGUCACGCAGUCACAUCUCUUGCCGUGGAUCCCAUCUUGCCUUAUCAGCUUGCCACAGCAUGUGCUGAUGGCUCUGUGCGGGUCUUUGAUCGUCGUAUGUUGGGCACAAGGUCUUCCGGCACCUAUACCAGCCGAGCUGCCAAGGGGAUGUUGUGCCGCUUUCUGGCUCCACUGGAACACAAAGCUUAUCGCAUUACUUCCCUUAACUACAGCCCCCAUGGUCAUGAUGUAUUGGUCAGCUAUUCUGCUGAAAACGUGUAUUUGUUCAACACUCAGAAUGAAAGGGGGAAGACUUUUCAUAAAUCUGAAGCCGAUGCAUGGGCAACCAAACCUGCAGCUGGAUCAGAAACAGCAGCAGAAAGAGCUUCAGACCUGGUUCCCCAGCCACCCACUAAACGCUUGCGUUUGCGGGGUGAUUGGUCGGACACGGGGCCAAAUGCACGCCCAGAGCGUGAACGAACAGAAGACACCGGUCAGCCUCAGAUGAAUCUCAUGCAGAGAAUGUCAGACAUGUUGACCCGUUGGUUGGAUGGCAGCCUGCGACGCCGAGAUGAUGACCAGCAUGAAGAUGCUUCUCUGGCUGUUGAUGAAGGAAGCAACUCUGGAAGCAGCGACAUAGGGGCAGAUGACCCUCGCUUAGAAGACAUAGAAAAUCCCCCUGCUGCUGCUGCUGCUGCUACAGCGGGCAGAUCUGAUGGAGACAGUUCCUCAGGUUUAGGUUGUUUGCAGAGCCAGAAUGUCCUACUGGAGCCAACACAUGAUGGAGAAAAUGCUGAGCAGGGUAGUUGUGUCCCUGCCAACAAAUACUGUGGCCUUCAAGAAGAUGAGAGGGGAGCAACGACCAUGUCAAGUGUUGAUGACUCUGAUAAUCAACUGAACAGUUGUUCAGAAGGGCUUCUACAGGAUAGUUCUAUACAAACCUGCAACCCAGUGUUGUCUGAGGGGGCUAGCAGGGACCUUAAAGAUGAAAGCAUUGGUAAUAAUGUGCAUAAAAAUGAUGACUUGUGGAGAGAUACAACCAAAGGAGGAUGUUGUAUGUCUUAUCAUUCUCACCAGAAAGAGUGUAGUGGGGAAGAAACAUCUUGUCCAUCUUCCUUUCCUGGGGUGCCUUGUGUCAGAGCAAAUGACCUCCCAUUCUUCUCACAUGGUAGUCAGGGUGAAAUCCAGAAAACUCAAGCUGAAGGUUUGUGUGAACAGACAGCUCAAACUCAAACUAUUUAUGGUCAAGCAUCAGCAGAAGGUACCAAAGGUGCCAGUUCCUGCUUGAGAUCUGAUAAUGUAGAUGGUAAUACUUCUGCUUUAGACUUUAUGCUUAGGAACGCAAGGGGUGAAUGUGGCGAGAACAAACAAGAGAUGAGUGAACGCAUGGAGACUGUAGCAGUGAAAAGCAAAGAUGUCAGUGGAAGAAGUGAUGGUGGUUCUUUUACCCAUCCACAGCAACAACAGCAACAGUCUGUUCACAGUAGCUGUGGUGUUGGUGUUAGUCAUAGCAAUACAGUAAGUCCUGAUGGAAAUCUGUUUGCUGUCACCCCCAGCCAGGGAAGCAUGGUGGCAGCUACUCGUUUGGAGCCUGUCAUCAGUCUGCAUUACUCCCAUGAAGGAACAACAGCCAGUACCAUCAGGGUUGGCUAUGCAAGUUUUGAUGUCAACAAUCCACCCCUAGCAAACUUGUCAGGAACACAUGUUUGCAAUCCACUGUCUUCAAGCACAGGGGCAAAGGCUUCCAGAGAUGGGAUCCAGUGUAUGGCGACAGCAGGGACCGAACAGCCUGGCCCCAGUCAACAAAACGACGUUGGGAUGCUGGCCGAUAUGCCAGUUCCAAAUAGCUCUAUGCAUUGCACCCCAGAACUUGUUAACAGGGAUCGUCCAGAGAACAGAGACCUUGCAGGUCUUUCGCUGUCUUCCAGACCUGCAUCUUUGACAAGUGUUCAAGUAGAGGAGGUUAUGGUAGCUGAUACAGAAAGAAAGAAUGAAGAAGAAAGCUGGGACAGAGUGAAUGCAGAUUUUCAACCAGACCUCAUCCACAGCUUGCCAGCAAUGCCUGAAACAGAGGUGCAGCCUAGUUCAUUUGUACCACAGUGCCACAUCACAAUCCACUCUCCAGUUUCUGAGCCAGAGACUGAUAUGGUGAGAGAAGAGAGCACCAGAGAAAGCAGGGAAGACAGCGAAUGCACUGCAAGGGGUGUCAGUCAGGUGGCAGAGAACGCUGUUACUGAUACCAUGCCUGGAUCAGUUGCUUGCUUUGCUUGUCACAGCUAUUCUUGUGACAAGCAUGAUGUUGGCAGUACUAUCAGGGAACAGUCUGCUCCAACUUCUGACUCACAAGCACAGCCAUGUACAAGCCAUCCUCAGGCUUCAGGGAUCAGUGGACUCGGAGUCAGCACCUCCAGACAGAGACGAGCAGGCCAUAGUGGACCCCCUACCGGCAACUUCCAGCUGUCACUUUCGGAUGAAGAAAUAGAAGAAGACAGCAAUGAUGAAGACGAGGGCAGCAGACCAAGAGACCCAUCACAUCAGUUUGCUGGCUGGAGCUCUGGAGCUGCAGCAGAGAAUGAGAGGCAUUUAGCAGCAAUGCGGAUGCAGAGUGCCUAUAGGAAACAGCGAGAGCUGCGAGAAGAAAGAGAUAUGGCAGCAGUCUUUCAGCCUUUUGCCACACGCAUGUUCAAAGGUCAUCGUAAUGGGCGAACAAUGAUCAAAGAGGCCAAUUUCUGGGGUAGCUCAGUGGUAAUGAGUGGAUCUGAUUGUGGGCGCAUCUUUUUCUGGGACAUGGAUUCUACAGAACUUCUUAUGCUGCUAGAAGCUGAUCGACAUGUUGUGAACUGUCUUCAGCCUCACCCAUUCGAUCCUGUUUUGGCAUCCAGUGGCAUUGACUACGAUGUGAAGAUCUGGUCGCCAUUAGAGGAACAUCCUUCCUUUGACAUAGAAAUGGCAGAAGAAGUGAUGCGACGUAACCAUAUUAUGCUGGAAGAAACCAGGGACACCAUCACUGUGCCUGCAGCCUUUAUGCUUCGAGUCUUGGCCUCUCUAAACCAGAUCCGAGCAGCAGGUCGUGCAGGAGCAGGACGGCAAGGGGUACUGCAGGAGGACAGCGAAUGAGGAAAGUCAAGGUCUUGCACUAAUCACCAUCUGCCUUGAUGUAGGAUUUGUUGUGUUGUUGCCAUUAUUAUAGGUCUUUCACUGUGUGUUGACAAGUAUUACCUGUAAAGAACCACUGGGAUUUUUGUGAGUUCUUGUGUACAGGCCAGCUUAGCUUGCUCUCACACCUUUUUGAUCAAUGAUUAGUGACUGCAUGUUCUGUAUUCUUUGUUGACUGAUGUCCUUUGUGUGGAUUACUGGACAUCUGUUUGCUUGGUUUUGUUUUUUUUAAGUCAGAUAUGCCGUCUAUGCUAUGACUUCACUUGAAUAACUUUGAACUACUUUGAUUGGUGUUUUGACUGUAUCCUUGUUUUAAUAAUGAAAAUAUGUUACCAAAAUCUUCAUUCAUUGCUUGAUUGGUACUGAUCAAUGGAAGAAGCACAUUGAUAAAAUGUAGCAACUGACAAGGCCUACCACUCAUGCCUAUCAUGGGUGAUAGAGAGCAGGAUGACCAGUCCACUUCUUCACGUAUUUAAGCCACAUUGACCACCCUCCAGGCUACUUUGAAGGACAGUGUUUGACAUUGUGUCAUGCCGGAUCACGUGGUGAAACUAGACCAGCUUAGAUUGCUUGGCUGUUGCAGGUAGGGGUUCCUGGUGUCUGAAUUUGGCAACUGUACUUCAUACAGUCAUUGGUUUUAUGUUCUCUGUACAAGAUCUGAAUCAACUUCCUCAGGCACUUGUUCUCGAAUGCCUGGAUUCUCCUCUCUGUAUCAGCAAGCAGAAUCCACAUUUACAUCCAUAAAGCAGGAUAGGUAUAACAGGGGACUUGUACAGAUUAUACUUCAUAGUAAACCUCUUUUUGCUGCGCCAGAUCCUGUCCAGCCUAGCCAUUUCUGCUGUUGCUGUCACCAAACUCUUAAAAGAUCAUUGAAGUAGGAAUACAAAUGUAGGCAUAUAGAACUGAAAGUUGUAUUUGUUGUCAUAAAAGUUAUUGUAUUUUUAUAAUUGUACGUUUUUUAAAAUUUGGUAUUUACUCAUACAGCCUGUAUUGAAUAACAUUACACAUUUCAUUCUGGUGAUCCUUUGUAUUGUGCCAGUGGGUAAACUGCAUAACUUGAAUUAUCUAAAAAGCUUAUUUGUCAGUAAGUUCAUUUUUAUUCAUUAUAUUUGCAUCUUGUUUACAUGCUUUUUUGAUUGGUGCUGCACUUCUUGUGCAUAAGGUGCAUUUUCAAUAAACUGAUGCAGGACCUGACAGUACCCAUCGUUUGUCUAGUUUGUAAUUUUGACGAUCUGACAAAAAUCUGGUACUGUUACUGUUUACUUCAGCAAAACAUCAGCAGCAAUGUAUGAAUAUAUUUUACUGUUCCCAUUUGUUUCAUGCAAUGAUGACUGCAUAACACACGAUUAGAAGUGUGUUAGUGUGCAGCAAGUGUUUGCAAGGAAUGCAGUGCCAUAAGCUAAAAUCUGCCUGCAUGUGGAGGGGUAAAGCAAUCCAGUGUGCAGACAGAUGUCCAGUAAUGUUCCUUGUGCUUAUUUGUGACUGUAUUGCUGUGGACCUCCAUUGUAUUUUUUGAUUGUGUCGUCUGUGACUACAGGGCCUCUGGUGGUGUUACUGAUGUACAUUGAAACACUGCCAUUGCAUAGAAAAUGGACUAUUAUUUUGAGGGCCUUUUUGCCAGUUUAGGAUGAAAGGGUGACAGUUGUAAUUGGUUUAAUACUAGUCACAAACAUGGGUGAUGUCCUACAAAUCAUAUCCAGUAUAUUGAAGCAAAAGAGCAGAGCAGGAAAACGAGAGAGUGAAAGAAAAAAUGCUGUCAGCAUUUGAAGAGAAAUGAAGAGAAGUCUGUAUUAUUGUUUAUUUGAUGUGACCUUGAAGUGUUGUUUAAAGAAAAGGAUCAUUAUGUUUUGUUGUAGAUGGGAUAAGUAAACAGAUCGCAAUAUUUGUUUUAGAUAUAUGAUUUCCAAAUAGAGGGCUUUAAUAGGAUUUGAAGGGCAAUCAUAACAUUUUCUAUGUCUAUAAGCAGAAGUUAUUAUAUAAGACACUUUGUUCAUUUGUUGUGAACAGACUCAAGCAUCCCAAGUUAUGGCCUAUACACGGUGACAGAUUGUUAUGUGGACAAUAGUAUACCAAAUUUCUAACACAGAAGUGCCAGCAGACCUAUGUAAGAUUUUACCUAUGAAGGUUGUGAUGAUUGCUUUAGUGGAUGCUUUGCCAUUGACUGCUAUGAACAUGAAAGAUGUGGAGUAAUUACCUGUGGGUCUUUCUUUGGAAAGUGAAUGUUACUUUUUCUGUUUAAGGCUUGAUAUGAUGACAUCCAUUUAAAGAAGUGCUUGCUCAUUUUGUCCUUUUGCUAAACUGUUUGAAAUUUGGGAAACACUUUAAAAUGAAUGAUUUCUGGAUAUUGGUGCUUGGACCUAUGCAUGAGAAGAAUCAGAAUCAUGGCUAAAGGACAAAUAUAUUAAAUAAAGCAUUCUUUAGUAUAGACAGUUGAGUCUGUCAACGGAAUUAAGCUGUACCAAUGCAGAUUUUGACAGAAGUGUGGCAUUAGCUACUUGUUCACCAGUUUUUUGGUCAGAGGCAUUCUCAUUUAAGACCAGAAGCCUGAUGAAUAAUUUUAUUUUUAAUGAUUUAAAUCUUCACAAAACUUUUAUCAUACAGAUUUCAUAUGACUGUCAGUCUUCAGAUUUUUUUAAAAUUUUGACUGUCAGAACUUUAGCUUUGCAAACAUGUCUUUGUUUUAUGCACAAGGCUAGUGGUUGCCAUCAUUACAUUGACCACCUGUGUUCAUUACACUUAACUCACUAUGCUAGGCCCCAGUUAACUAAAUGAUCCCAAUGCAUUCUGCUCUGAAAUAUGGAACUGAUAUCAAUAUUGCAAAGAGCAAAGGAGCCCUACGAUCAGGUCUCGCCAUUGUUAGCUGAUGAAAGUAGUUUAAUCAUCCCAUGGUGCUUGCACCACAUCCUUCAAACUUGUACAGAGCAUCACGAUGUGUGGUCUGCUUAAAAGAAAAGUGUAAUUAUUUUGUCUGGAGUUCUGUGCCUUUGUUACAUUUUGUAUUUAGAGACAUUUGGCUGACAAGAACGGCAGGCAAUUUUUCGUAGUAGUAAUGGAGUGGUUUUUUUUCUGGGGAGACUACGGUUGACAACAUUUCGGGGGAAAAACAACACUGCAUGUGAUGGAAGGUGUGUCAUAAUCUAUUUUUAUGUGGAUAAAGAAUGAAUGUUUGGACUGUGUUACAGUGACGAGUAUCUGUAUUUUAGAAAACUGAAUAAUUUUCAUCUUAGUAAUCAUACCUUUUUGUGAACAGUAUUUGUUUGAUAGUUAAUUUGGUGUACCUUUAGGGGCACAAUGGUGUGGAGUUUUAUGAUGGCUGAUGUCCAUGUUGUUAGCUUCUAGACAGAGUGUUGAACUUAUAGUUCGUCAUCCAUAACUUGAAGAUAUUGAAGUUCUUUUUUCUGUAGAACGUGGAGGGACACUGACAAUGUAUGGACUCAAGAGCAUUUUGAGGGGAGGGGGAAGAAAUAUUUUUGAUAAAACAUCUUUCUAAGCCUGAUUUUCAGCUUUUCACAUUAUGUUGCAUGUGUAUGCACAUAGUCCUGUAUCAACUAGACAGGUACUUAUUGUCAGUUUGAAACUGAAGUUUCUUGUUUUGCUUAUAGUUUCUAAGGCGUUUUCUUUUCUUAGAACUUAGAAAUGGUUUAUGUUACAGUUCACUUCUUUAAUCAGAAUUCUUUUCAAUCAAUUUUUUGAAAUCCACUUUAAAGAAAAUGACUCACUUUAUUUUCUGACUUGACUGAUGAUCACCAGCAAGGUUUUGGCUUGUUAAAGACUGUUCUUCAGGAGAUUGUCAUUGUAAAUAUAUUGCUUCCCUGGCUGUUCUCCUAUUUAUAAUUAUUUUCUGCCUCCCAGUCUUUCCAAUAGUUAGUCUAUUUAAGUGGUGUUUGUGAAAUGUGGUUGAAAUAAAGUUUUUAACUGAU